GGAACCAUAGUCUCGCGCCAGAUGACACUUACAUGUGUGAGUGAGAAGACGCGCCGUCGUUUUGCUCGUGGAUAUAACUGUUGUUUCUUCUUUUGCACCGCCGUCGUCAUGUAGGUGUAGAAGGAGUGACCAAAGAUAUACAAGACGGCAGCACAUGUCGGGCACGAGUGCUGGACGACAAUUUUUUCCACUGCGCAUCGCUGCCAGCUGUUAAUUCGCCAGUACAAUACCCCAACCCCCUAAGCAUCCCCCACCAAUACUCUAGUCUCACACAUUCCAUCUCAUAAGUUUCCAUUCACCCGCUCAUUCCCUACUUCCUUUCUCCAUUCUUUCUUUUCCUCGCAUAGUCUUUCUCAUUUACUUUCCCUCUUCGUUGAAUUGCUGGUCGUUUUGACAGCGUCUAUCAAGAACAUUGCUCCGAAGGAAUAAUCAGCGGACAUCGUUCGUCCGGCAGGGAAACAGCUCUUCUUCAUGGUUCAAAAAGUAUCCCUUGAAGGAAUGCACAUAUUUGGAAGAAAAGGAACACAGAAGAACGUGAAAUAUUGCAAGAAAGCUAUGAAGAUUGCAAGAUGAUUACAUAUGCAUGGCAAAUCACCUUCGCCUCAAAGAAUGAAAUGAAGAGAAAAAGUCCAUUUCCAACGAAACACCCGACGCGUCACCAAUACUUAGAUCUACCUUAAUAGAUCUGCCAUUUAUAUUGAAAUAAUGAAUCACAAGUCAUUGAUUCUUCUCCAAGAUGGAGGUGGAGUCUCGUGUCAGCGUCCAGGCUAUGAGAGGGAAGUUUGAGCAGACGCCAGAGGCCAUAAAGCUAUGUUCGCGCACGCCCGCAUCCAAAACGACCACAACCCCAGGAAGAGCGAGGGCUUCCUCUCUGAUCAUCAGUGAAAAAGACAGGAGUUUUCAUAAUGGUGUGACAGGAGAAAGACUAGCGAAUUCUGUCGACAAAGAGAAUGAAUGUUUUAGUAAAACGAGGAAACAUUCUCCAAACGGUAGUGUUUCAAAGACAAAGUCUAUCUUCUCAGAUAUUGUAUCUCCCAUGCUAUCAGGGUCAAAAGUCACCAAGGCUCUGUCACCCAAGAAACUUUCAGUAGACAACAUUAAGAGCAGGAAAAUAAGUUCUGAGAAAUCUGAAGUGUCUGAAGACUCGCUGAAAGUAACACCCAGCAGGAAGGUUUCCGAUAAUUUCACCAGUGACUCAAAGCCUAGUGUUGUCAGGCGAAUUCCAGUUUUUAAGUCAUUCAAUGGGGGAAUAGGUCCUGAAGAAAAGACUAUUAAAACUGAGACCGCAGAAAGGGUAGUGGAUAGCCCUAGCAGGAGAGAAAAAUUUCUAGGCCAUAUCCGCUCAAGAUCUCAUGGGAAUGUUAUGAUCAGCAGAGAUCCGAGUAUUGAAAGAAAUGAAAGCUUAUCAAAUAAUGCAGGAAAUAGUGUUAAACCUGAAAAUGGGAGGGUAAAUUUUUUUGAUAGAAUGAGUCGACAGAAAAGUAGUGACAAUCUUUAUGGUCACAGAGACCCAAAAAGCUCAUCUCCUUUUGAAGGAAAGCAAAAAAUUGUGGCGAAUGUUGUUAAGAAUAUGAAAAAUAAAGAAAAACCCAAGGUGCUCAGAAAAUUCAGCUUCUCGUCAAAGCAUGACAAGGAAAUUAAGACGAAGAAAGAAAAAGUCUCCUCAGAUAAAGAGCAUGAUAAGCAAAAUGCACGUGUGGAUCCUUGUACUGCAAAGAUGGAAGCUAUAGCAAAAUUGCCAGUAAAUGAGAAACUAUCCUCUGUUACAGGCUUUCCUGUUGGAGGGUCAGGUACCGUAUCAAUGGCAAAAGCUGUUGCUGACAUUGCUUUAGUUAAGAGUUCUACGCGGUCAUCCGAUUCUGGUAGCAAUGCCGCUUUAGUAAAAGAAUCUUCAAGGUCACCAGAAACUAAAAACAGAGGGGAACCUACACCUGAAGAAACUAGUCCACCUGCUCGUCCACCAAGACGGCGAUCUGCAACUGCAGGCUUGAUAUUUCACAAAAAGGGUAUUGCUCCGUCACCACCUGGUCCUCCAGUCUUGCAGGAUUCGGGUAAAAACACUACCUCGCCAGAAGAUUAUAGCCAAGAUAUGUCCGUCAUUCCAACAUCAUCCUUCGAUAAUGAGGGAAGAAGAAGUCACAUUUCUGUAGGUUUACAUAAAUCCAUGGAUCCAUUGUUAUCACCUCAGUCAUCAGAUGUUUCACUGGAAAAUUCACCAGCCAGUGGUUCUGUAAGGUCCCCUCUGCUAAAGAAACAAAAAUCAAAGUCCAGCAUUACUGUUGAUAAGUUACACUCCGAAGACUACAGUCUCUGUGAUGAACUAGACGGCAAAGGCUGUUUUACCAAACCUCCAAGUGGUAAGAGGCCAGAAAAUGUAGAGCAUCUAGAAACUGAUUCUUUGCCCAUGGGGCCUCCCCCUAGAAAGCCCCCUAGAACUUUUGCCUAUGAUAUAUAUAAGAGUAGUAAAGAGAACAGAUGUGAAGAUGUAACACCAAAUGAAAAUGGGGACUGUAAUGAAAAACUGGAAAUGCCAAGUCCAUCAGCUGCUCCAGUAUAUGCAGUUCCACUGAAGAAGAAGAAAUCAGAAAACAAACUGACCCCAAAGCCUCCAGUCAGAAGCAACAGUGACUUAUCAAAAAGGGAUCUGAUUAAGCCAUCUGUUGCCCCAAAGCCUCCUCAUAUAAUUAACAAAGUCAAGCGAACAUCUGUGGUUGAUCCUCUUUCUUGCAAUGAGAAAGGUGAAGAAGCAGCCAUGACAUCUGAGUUCCAGCGUCAGGCUCAUAUCCGAUACAGUCUGCGCAGACCCAAAAAGCCCCCGCCUGCUCCUCCUCCAAACUCAGAGUCAGAAGGCAGCAUUCUGAAUGAUGCACUUGGUAACUCAGGGGACACCAGGGGCUUGGCCAAAAGUUACGCAGGACUCAACGGUAACUGUGAUUUUUCAGACGACGACUGCGUAUCUGGCAGUAGUCCUCACUUACCUAAUGACAGCAGAAGCAGCCCAACAAAUUCCAUGGACAUGACUGCUAGUUCGAGAUGUUCGCCAGAUUCUGUAUACAGCGACGGAGAUGCCAAUCCUCCCACCAUUCGAAUAACUUCUCGAUCAUCUUAUAACUUACAUGUCCCUGGAGGUUAUAACAACAAUGAGCCAUUGUCACUCGGCCACUGCCCGACAGACACUUCUGAACUUACAGGCCUAUACCGCAAAAGAAGUAUGAGUGAUGAAACACUUUAUAAGGGAUCCAAAUACGGAGAGGAGCCUAUAUAUGCCAUGCCUAUCUUCACAAACAGCAAAGGUACCCGUGGACAUCACAGACAACGAGAACUCCACUACAUGUGUUCCGUCCUUUUCACGGAUGAGGGAGCAGACGGAGGCCGAGAUGGAUGCCGGAGGAACGGGAGAGACGGGGAGACGGGUGACGGAACAGCCUGCAAGGCGAAGUCGAGUAUCAUCUCCGUGUGGAAGAGAGAGUUCCGCCAGAGUUGCAGGCAGAUGCAGAACAAAAUCAAGAAGACGGUCAACAGAUGAUGAUUCGGCUGCUGGAAACGUUUCUUGAACGUUUGAUAUAUAUAUAUAUAUAUAUAUAUAUAUAUAUAUAUA